UUUACAACUGAAACAAACAAGGCUCCAAAUUUAGAUAUCUUGCAUCUCCCCUCCUUUCAUGUAAAAAGUUGCAAAUUUUACACUAAUGCAAAGUUCGUAUCCACCACUAUAAUAUGCUCAACAACUCUCAUCCUGGGACUCAUUUCAGGCACAUUUUAUUGGCUUAAAAAAAUGGAAUACAUUAAAUUCCAUGAAAAAUGGGAGCUCCAAUAUUGGCCACACAGAUUUGGUUACAGGGAACUCAAACUUGCUACAAAGGGUUUCAGGGAUGACAAUUUUCUGGGCUGUGGGCGCUCUGGGUGUGUAUACAAGGGGACUCUGCCUUCCGGCGAAGAAGUCGCCGUGAAAUGUAUCACAAAAGACUGCACAGAAGGAAAUGAGGAAUUCAUGGCAGAAAUCUCCAGCCUUGGGCGUCUGCAGCACCGCAACCUGGUACGCCUCAGGGGCUGGUGCAGAAAAAACAAGCGCCUCUUCAUCGUCUAUGACCACAUAUCCAACGGAAGCCUUGACAGAAAUCUGCUCAGUCCGGAAUUUAAUCUUACAUGGCCUCAGAGACACAAAAUUCUCACAGAUGUAGCAACCGAGCUCCUUUACUUACACGAGAAGUGGGAAAAAAGAGUGGUGCACAGAGACAUUAAGCCCAGCAAUAUAUUACUGGACCAUGAUCUGAAUGGCCGAGUGGGGGACUUUGCUCUGGCAAGGUUAUAUGAUCAGAGUGAAGACCCCUAAACUAUUCAUGUGGUGGGCACGCUGGGGUACAUUGCGUCUGAGCUUAUACAGUCUAGUAAGGCUUCUCCUUCCAUAGACGUGUUCAGCUUUGGGGCUCUUAUGCUAGAGGUUGCCUGCGAAAGGAAGCCUGUAGAUGCCCAAGGUGUGAUUUUGGUUCAGUGGGUUUGGGAUUUAUAUGCAAAUCAAAGGUUACUGGAAGCCGUUGAUCAAAGGCUUGGGGGGGAUUAUGAUAAGGGCGAGGCUGAGAUUGUGCUUGUAUUAGGGCUUGUGUGUUCAAACCCUGACCCACAAGAGAGGCCCAGCAUAAAACAGGUUUUGUAGAUUCUUUGCGGUGAGGGUACUUUGCCUGUGGAUCUUCCUGUGUCCUCAGCUAUUAAGAAUUCUUACAUCGACAUUGCAGAGUUGAAUUCGUUUGCUGCUACGUCUGAAUGACGCAGUUGGGGUUCUUUCUUCCAUCUAUUCUACAUUCGUCCACAGCAAAUGUCUUAACUUCUUCAGUGUACAGUUGCAAACAUAAUUUAUUUUUUAACAGUCAUAAUAAUAUAUGACCAGCAAUGAAUUUUUUAUUUUUAUUUAAGGGGUAAAUGCUUUUGACCUGAAGCUAUGAACUAGUGAGGCCACAAACGGGGGACUUCAUCCCCACACUUCACUUGUUCAAAUCUGCGAGCACAACGACCCAACGAAGGCACAAGGCUUUGCGAGCACAAAGACCUAGCAUGGAUUUGAACCUUGGUGGCCGCUUCACCAACGAAGUGUUUUAACCGUAGCACUACAUGUCCGAAGACCACCAAUGAAAUUUAAAAAGUAUUAUGU